AUGGACCAGGCGAAGGAAGCAGAUCUUCACUCCGGGCCCUCCUCUGUGUGCGGGUUUGCCCAGGUGAUCCCAGUCUUCCCGUCCCAACCUUCCAGCUGGGAAUUCUCCAGGCGGCUGGAGUGGUGUGCCCUGCGCAGCAGCUCGGUGUCGGUGUUGAUCCGAAGCUUUGUGGCUGACGUGGGCUGCGAGCUGCUCUACAGGAACGAGGAGCCGGGCGUGGAGGCCGUUUUCAAGUUCCCCGUGGAUGCUGAGUCAGCGGUCUACACCUUCCAGGCCCGGCUGGGUGGGGCCUGUAUCCAGGCCCAGCUCCACGAGAAGAAACAGGCACAGGAGCUGUAUGGGGAUGCACUGGCCGGGGGGCAGAGCUCGUUUCUGCUGCAGCAGGAAGGGGCCGGGGGCGACAUGUUCAGCUGCUCCCUGGGGAAUCUGCCCCCCGGGGAGGAGGCAGUGCUGACCCUGCGCUACGUCUGUGAGCUGCCGCUGGAGCCUGACGGAGCUGCCCGCUACAUGCUGCCGACCAUGCUGCGUCCCCGCUACACGCCCCAUGGGUGGGACGGGGAGGAUGUCACCCAGGGGGUCCCGCGGGUCCCCCAGCAGGAGCUGCCCUACACCCUAACCCUGAGCGCUACGCUGCAGUCGCCCCACGGCAACAACCGCGUGCUCUCCAACUGCCCACUCACUCCCCUGAGCUAUACAGCCGGGAACCAAACCACUGCCCAGGUAAGCUUGGGAGCAGGUCCCAGGUGAGACCGGGACAUGGAGCUGCUGGUGUAUUACACAGAGCCACACAAACCUAGCAUGGUGCUGGAGGCCGGGCUGCCUGGAGCCAAGCGAGGCUCCCUGAUGGGCGACCCGGCCGUGAUGGUGACUCUGCUCCCCAGAGUGCCCGAAGUGGUGCCAGCCCAGAGCCGGGCCGGGGAGUUCAUCCUCCUGCUGGACCGCUCCGGCAGCAUGGCGUGCCCCAUGGACAGCAGAGACCUCUUCCACCAGCGCAUCAACAGUGCCAAGAAGACCCUGAUCCUGCUGUUGAAGAGUUUGCCCCUGGGCUGUUAUUUCAACAUCUAUGGCUUUGGGUCUGAGUUCGAGUCCUUCUACCCGCAGAGCAUGGAAUAUACCCAGCAGACCAUGUCCGAGUCCCUGCAGCGCGUCCAGCUGCUCCAGGCUAACCUGGGGGGCACCAAAAUCUUGGAGCCACUACAAGCCAUUUACCGCAGCCCCUGCUGGGAUGGGCACCCACACCAGCUGUUUGUGUUUACGGAUGGGGAGGUAGAGAACACCCAGGAUGUCAUCACAGAGGUGUGGCGUCACCGGGGGACCCACAGGUGCUUCUCCUUCGGCAUCGGGGAUGGGGUUUCCACAGCUCUGAUCAAAGGCAUCUCCCGGGCAGCAGGGGGCAGCGCCGAGUUCAUCACUGGCCAGGACCGCAUGCAGCCCAAGGUGCUGCAGUCUCUGAAGCGGACCCUGCAGCCGGCUGUGACCGGGAUCUCGCUGAGCUGGGAUCCCCCUGGGAUGCAGGCACAGCUGCUGCACCGGGGCCCUGAGGUGAUCUUCGCUGGGCAGCGCUGCCUCAUCUAUGGCCAGCUCUGCGGGCAGCCCCAGAUGAGAGAGCGAGACCCCCACCCUGGGACACCCCCAGGACUCAGGCCCCCAGGCACUCCCAUGGGGGGCGUCACCCUGCAGUAUGGCAUCGAGGACCAGACCUACAAGGAGAUACUGCAGUUCCCCCUGCAGCCACAGGAUGGAGACAUGCUGCCUGUUCACCGGCUGGCAGCCAAGUUGCUGCUGCUGGAGCUGGAGAGGGCCGUGGGCGCUGGGUCAGAGGUGGCCCGGCACCGGGCAGUGGAGGCCAGUCUGAGCUCGGGGGUCAUCUGCUCCCUCAUGGCCUACAUGGGGAUGGACAUGGAGCGGGGGCAGCCGGUGCAGGGGCCGCUGGUGAGACGGGACGUCCCACUGGCAGAUUUCAUCAUGGAAUAUAUGGAGAUGAUAGACUGCAUCUCGAUAAGAGAAGUCUCAAUAGACCGUAUCUACGAGCAACCAGCGAGCAGAGUGCACCUAGCCGAACCGAACUACUGCAGUGUCUUUGGGCUCCUGUCCCGUGACUUGCAUGGGGCACAACGGGCACCAGAGGAGUCUGCCUUAUUGAGGUUGGUGUCUCUGCAAAAUGCUGACAGUUCGUGGGACCUGGACCCCCGGCUGGCUGCCGUGCUGGGGGUGAGCGAGACCGAUGCCAGGGAGAGGAUACCCAGGGAGGUGAGCAGCAUCUGGGCCACGGUGCUAGCCGUGGUCUGGCUGCACGACCGGGCCAUGGGGCAGCGGCAGCGUGACGACUGGGAGCUGCUGGAGGCCAAGGCUGAGGGUUGGGUGCGAGUGAGAGGAGGGGCCUGGCUGAGCGAGUGCCAGGAAGCCGCCAACGCCCUGCUGGACUGCAGCGUUGGCCCUGCUGUCUUUGGGCUCUGA